GGCCAUGUGGGAGACAAGUGCAAGUACAAUUCAUGCAAUAACUUGGUUAGUGAGCAAGCAAAUGCAAAUUUAUUUAAGUUCAAGGUACCCCUUCAGAUGCCAAGGCAGUGAUAUGCUUACAACUUCUAGGAAACAGGGUUUUCCCUCAACUCAUACCAGCAACAUAACUAUAUACCAUACUACGAAAUUCCUAGUUCCAAUUUCCGUCGGCGAAAAGAAUUCCUUGUGCCGCACACGAGCCUGAAAAUCCAUGUUGUCUCUUUAUGCAUCCUCCUUUUGCCUCCUUUUCCCCCUGCUCCUACUUUUGAGUCACCAACAACAGAGGAAAAUUUAAUCAUGUGGACAGAGAAGGCAGAGUCCCCGAGAGCCGUAUAUAAGUCGGCAUCCGCGGCCGAGGAGUUGUGAUCCACCUCAAACCUCCAAUUCCUCUGUGAUCACUUGUUUGGAUGUGCUGUGUCAGUUACAGUGACCCGUCUCCUCCUCUUCCUGCCGAGGAGAAGAGUAAAGAGGAGGAGCAGCGGUGCAGCGCAGCCAUGGAGGUGGAUGCAGAGGCCUCCUACAGCUAUGGCUUCCUCCCCCAAGGCAGGCACCAGCCCUAUUAUGCUCCACCUCCUCCUCCACCAGAUGGUGAACUGUGGGAGUACUUCCCUUGCCCUUUCUGUUACAUCGAGGUCGAAAUGCCCUUCAUCUCCAGCCAUCUGCAGGAGGAACACUGCUUUGACACCAGAAAUGCUGUUUGCCCGAUAUGCGCCGAGAAUCUGGGGAAGGACAUGUCCGCGCAUUUCAGAUUCCAACACCCCCAUCUUCUCAAGAGGAGGAAGCCUUCGAGGCCCAGCAGCUCACCAUGGCCAGCAGCGGCAUCACCACCUGCAUAUGAUGUGAACCCCUACAUGAUGAGUAGCAGGCCAUGCCAGGACCCUGAGCCUGACCCGCUGCUCUCCCAGUUCAUCUGCGGCAGCGGAGACCAAACCGAAACCGAGCCGGGACUACGCCACGGCCCGAGCAGCGCUCAUCCGGCGGAUGCCCAGAGGCCUGUGAGCCAGCUGGAGCUGGAGGAGAGGCUGCAGAGGAUUGAGUUCCUUAGGGAGAUUAUCACAUCGACCAUUCUUUAGUUUACUAUAAGCUCUAAUUAUGUUCUAAGCCUGUGUUUUAUGGUCCAGAUGUACUAUAUAGCCUUGGCUAUCCAUCUAUCAAUACAACAUUUGCAUACUUUGCAGUUAUUUCUUUGUUAUAAUUUACUCUUUUUCAUAAAAAAAGUUAAUGUGCUUCUUUGGUGUAUGUACUGAGAGGAUUAACAUGAACAUCAAUCAGUGUUCCAUUGA